CUCUGCCUGAACUUCUACACAUGGAGGAUCACAUACAGGUAUCUAAAAUAAAACAGUUUUCUAAACUGGACUUUCAAUCGAAGCAGGAGGUAAUAAUUAAAGGAAUAUCUCCAUCGAAACAGAGACUUUUAAAACUGAAGAAAGAAAAUAAGGAAGACUUCUAUAAACAAGUUAUCGAUGCUUUUGGUCAGAAGGAGCUGCAAAUGGACUCCAUUUAUAAGUACAGCAUCCAGAGGAGGAAUAAAGAAGAUUGUGAUGCAACUUUGAACGUGAUGGAGUUCUUCCUCUAAAAGUACAUUUUCGGGGGUCCCAGCGAUGCAGUGGAUGUGAAUAAAGACUAAGGAGCACAAUGAAAGACGACUUCUGCGAGGAGGAGGAGGUGCAGUCCUUCGGUUACAAGAGGUUCGGAAUCCAGGAAGGAUCCGAGUGCACCAAGUGUAAAAACGACUUGGCGCUGCGGGCCGCCAUUGCGCUGCUCUACGUCCUGUGCGCCCUGCUCACCAUCGCCGUGGCAGUCCUCGGGUACAAAGUGGUCCAGAAAAUGGAGGACGUCACAGAGGGGAUGCAGAAUUAUGGCGGCAAAAUCAUCGCUGUGGAGACCGACUUGAAGAAACUUGACUAUCAGACGGGGGAGAAGUCUGUGAACGCCAGCAGCGAAAUCAAGACGUUUAAGUCGGACCUGGAGACGCUGCACGGCCGGCUGAACGACAUAGCCGUCAGGACCAGCAAGAACCGGGACAUCCUAAGCGAACUGCAGGUGGCUGGAGACGACACGCAGGGCGUCCACUUUUCCCUGCAGGGUUUACUGACUGGCAACGCCGCCUCACUCCGCGGGGUCAACCAGACCUUGGCCUCCUACGGCAGCAUGCUCGGAGACCUCCAGACGGACACGGCGAGGCUCCAGUCUGAGAUCCAGGGCCAGGUGAAGGAGCAGAGCCAGGCCCUGGUGGGCAUCAGUGCUCUCAACAUCAGCCAGGUCCAGCAGCGCAAUCUGCUCAUCUCGCUGCAGAAGACGGUCGAAGACACGGGCCAGGCGGUGCAAAAACUCCACAUGGGCUAUCAGACUUUGCAGCAAACCGCCAGACAAACCCGCACUGACAUUGACUGGCUGUCAGAGAAAGUCCAGAACCUCCAGGUCUUGGCGGCAAACAACUCCGCAUCGGCACGGUCCAACGACGAAGCCCUGGAAGAUUUAGGGUCGCAGCUGAGCACGCUGGCCAACCAGAUCCAGAACACCUCCAUUCUCACCGAGGGCCACGAUCAGAGUCUCCGAGAACUCAUGGACCACCAGCGGGACCACGACAAUGCCACCUCGUCCAAGUUUGACGUGAUGGAAACCCGCCUGGACAAGCAUGAAAGCGGCAUGGACCGCGUGACCGGCAAUGUCAGCUUCGCCACGCAGCUUCUCGGCACCAUCAGCUUGGACCUCAAUAGCCUAAGGUCAUGCGCUGAGACGGUCAUGCACCACUCGGACCUCCUGGUGGAUCUGAGCAACAGCGUAAGGGAGGCUAAUAUCGAGAGCAGAGACCUGCGGUCCGAGCAGGAUAAGCUGGUGGCCAGGCUGGACAUGGAGGUCAACGACCUCUCUGCGGUGAUGGAGGAGAUGAAGCUGGUCGACAGCAAACACUCGCAACUCAUCACCAACUUCACCAUCCUCAAAGGGCCACCAGGUCCACGGGGCUACAAGGGGGACAAGGGACCCCAGGGCCAAGUUGGCUCCCCAGGUCAGCAGGGUGAUAAAGGAGACAAAGGGAUGCCAGGAGUGGCGGGAACUAAAGGUGACAGAGGUCCUCUUGGGCCACAAGGUGGGACAGGUCCAAAAGGCGGGCUCGGCCCACGAGGUCUCCCUGGGUCCAAAGGAGCGAGAGGGCCUGGGGGUCGACCCGGGACCACUGGAGACAAAGGCGACCCUGGAGUUCAAGGGCUCCGAGGAUUUCCAGGUGAACGAGGACCACAAGGACCGCAAGGCCCCAGGGGAGAUGCUGGGCCCGCAGGCUUUGAGGGCCCACGUGGGUCUAUUGGACCUAUUGGUCCUUCUGGUCCUCCUGGACUUCCUGGGUUACCUGCGGGAGUCCUUCCGCCUACAAUGGCUGCUAAAGCAACUCCUCAACCACAGGCAUCCAAGCAGCCUCCAACUUCAACUCCCGGUUGUCCGACAGAGUUCAGGAGGUUUGCAGACAGCUGCUACUUCUUCUCCCCGGCCUCUCAGAAGCUCAACUACGACGAAGCCAGCAUGUUUUGUUCUACUCGGGAGUCUCACUUGCUCAUCGUUAACAACGACGAGGAGCAGGUGUUUGUGAGUAACGCUGUGACGGGGAAAGGUUCGUUCUGGCUGGGCCUCACCGACCGCCAGGAGGAGAACGUGUGGAAGUGGGUGGAUGGGAGCACGCCCGUUUACACAAAAUGGAACCCGGGUCAGCCCGACAACUGGACACGUGGUCACGCUCACGGCGAGGACUGCGGGGGCAUCAAAAACAACGGCAACUGGAACGAUUACUACUGCACUGAGCGCAUCGGCUUCAUCUGUGAACGUGCCGCCAGCUCUCUGAUUUCAUAGCAUUGUCAUGUGACGAUGAUGAAGAUGAAGUUGCUUAAGUGGAUCAUCACUUGGAGAAGAAGACUUUGGACUGAUAUGUGUCCAAAAAUGCACUUUUGCCAAAUACAGCCCGCCUUUGGGUGUAUUAUUGAUGCAGUAUUUGUACUUGAGAAUGUAGCCAUGUAUUUACACCACACAUCUUUUAUUGGUACAUACAUGUUCUAUCUGUAAAUAAUACUUCCGUUAAUCAUGUACCAUAUCUUGACUACCAUAUCUUGUUUUUAUAAAUCUAAACAUUUAAACACAAAUGAGUUAUUUUUUUACUAUCAUGAAUGAAUUCUUCUCUAAUCAACAGCAAUAAAGAGAGUGUGUCGAUAUAUUUUUGUGUAUCAUGAUGAAUGGACAAAUAUAACAUUAAAGGUGUU